AUGGCAAUUCUUUACUUUAUAAUUUGUCGUAAUAUAUUCAUUGUUAAUCAAUCAGUAUUAGCCAAACGUCGUCAAUCAUCCACAUCUACCAGUUUCCAAUUGCAGGAUAGCUCAGCAAUAAAAUUGUCAUUAUUUACAUAUCGUCUGACAGACAACAGUGUACAACCAUCUCGACGUCUCCGAUAUGAAAAUCGUUGCCAUUAUCAUUCAUCAUUGAAUAAAUCACGUAAAAAAUCGUAUCCAAUAACAGUAGUACCCUCAUCUGUCACUGCACAACGUCGGUCAACGGCAACAAUCAAUGCUGAUGCUGAUAUAGCAAGAAAAAAGGCUAUCAUUAUGUUACUAUGUAUUGCCAUAUUGUAUUUUGUCUGUUUUUCGCCACAACAAAUCAAUUUUAUUUAUGCAACAAUUAAACAACAUCAUCCACUAUUCUAUAAUCGUUUGUUUUUUAUUAUCAUCAUGUUAUUUGCUCUAUUAUCAACAGCAAUCAACCCAAUAUUUUAUUAUAUAUUCAGUAAAUAUUUUCGUCGAAGAUUCAAUUCAAUAUUUCAUAUAUUAUGUCCAUUAAAAUUUACCGCAACAGUUCAUAAACAAUAUCUGUUUUGA